UCUGGGCUAAAAGGGGCAAUUUUUGAGGAUUUAAUUGCGUGAGUUUGUGCAGUUUGGAUGAUCUGAGUUGGGGUUUCUGGAGUUCGUUGUUGCAUUUGGUUGUAUUCAUCAUGUCGGAAGAUAUGCUAAUCCAUUUCUCCUCGAAUUCUUCAAAUCAGUCGGACCCAUCUCUGCCGACAAAGCUUGCGAAGCUUGAAGCUAGGAUGGCAGGGAAGGGUUCCUCGACCACACCCGUACAGGCAACCUGGUCCACUGCUUCGUCGGCAAAAUUUGGAGCUAUGGAGGAUUCUGCUGAGCCUUCAACUUCAAGUGAUUCUGAUGAUGAUAAUGGAGGCGAGUUUCUUAUACAACCCAACACCCAAAAGCGGCAAAAGUUUGAGGAAGAUGACUUAACAACUGCUUUUCAACAGUCUGAGAAAAUAAACCAGGGUGUAGCUGAUGGAAGGAUAAAGAGUGUAGAAACCAUGGAAGCAAAAACUAGUUUGGAUGACGCUAGUAGGAAAAAGCAAGGUCGUGGCAGGGGACGGUCUGUUUCAAGCAGGGGACGUGGUUCAAGGGCUAACGACCAAGUGCGGAAACAAGUUUCUCCUUCCACAGUAUCACCAUCAAAUGGCCAGCUUGAGAACUCAUCACAUAAGGAGAAUGGGCCCAAAGAGCAGCUUUGGAAGGAUGAUAAGACAAAUUUGGAGGAGGAGCUUGCGUCUUUACGUGCAAGGGUUGCAUCAUUGGAGGAGGAUCUCCAUAAAUCUCACCAAGAAGCAUCUGAUCAUCAACAGCUUUGCAGCCAAUUAGAGAAGGAAUUGAAAGACUAUAAAGAUCAUGAACAGCAAAUAAAGCCAAAGAGAAUAAAAUUCAUAUCUGAUCUGCUGAUAUCCGUUUCGAAAGCAGCGAGGCAAGAAGCAAGAUCGAAAGUACGCCAGGAAUCUUUGAGGCUUGGAAAUGUGGGUGUAAUCAGAGCUGGAACUGUUAUAUCUGAGAUGUGGGAGGACGGGCAAGUAUUGAAAGAUCUUAAUGCACAUCUUAGACAUUUAUUGGAAACUAAGGAGGCUAUCGAACGACAUCGGAAGUCGUUGAAGAAACGGCAAUCAGAUAAGGGUGAGGGGAGCGAUGCUGAAACAGGGAUAUCAGAAGAAGAUUAUCUCAUUCAGGAUGAGAUUUGUAAAUCCCGUCUAACUAGCAUCAAACGUGAGGAAGAAACUUCAUUGCGUGAAAGGGAUCGCUAUGAACUUGAGAAGGGAAGGCUUAUACGUGAAAUGAAGCGUAUAAGAGAUGAGGAUGGUUCCCGUUUCAAUAAUUUUCAGAUUCUGAAUCAUCGAUAUGCCCUCUUAAACCUUCUUGGGAAGGGAGGAUUCAGUGAGGUUUACAAGGCAUACGACUUGGUGGAGUAUAGAUAUGUUGCAUGCAAGCUGCAUGGAUUGAAUCCCCAGUGGAGUGAAGACAAGAAGCAAAGUUACAUACGACAUGCGAUUCGAGAAUACAACAUUCAUAAGAGCCUGGUGCAUAAUCACAUCGUGCGGCUCUGGGAUAUCUUUGAGAUCGAUCAGAACACAUUCUGCACCAUCUUGGAGUAUUGUAGUGGUAAAGAUCUUGAUGCAGUUCUUAAAGCGACACCUAUAUUGCCAGAGAGGGAAGCUAGGAUUAUUAUGGUUCAGAUAUUUCAAGGUCUUGUAUACUUGAACAAACGGCCACAGAAGAUUAUCCAUUAUGAUUUAAAGCCAGGGAAUGUUCUCUUUGACGAGGUUGGAGUUGCCAAAGUAACUGAUUUUGGUCUAAGCAAAAUAGUGGAAGAUGAUGUUGGAUCCCAGGGCAUGGAACUUACUUCUCAGGGAGCUGGAACGUAUUGGUACUUGCCUCCAGAGUGCUUUGAGCUCUCCAAGACACCACUCAUAUCAUCUAAGGUUGAUGUGUGGUCAGCUGGUGUGCUGUUCUACCAAAUGCUCUUUAGUAAACGCCCUUUUGGGCAUGACCAGACCCAGGAGCGGAUACUUCGUGAAGAUACAAUUAUUAAAGCACGCAAAGUGGAGUUUCCAUCUCGGCCUGCCAUCUCAAACGAGGCAAAGGAUCUUAUACGUCGAUGUUUAACAUAUAACCAAGCUGAGAGGCCUGAUGUUCUAACCAUUGCUCAAGAUCCAUAUCUUUCUUAUGCGAAGAAAUGAUAGAGAAGAAUGACUCAGACGAUGGACCCAGAACAUAAAUGACAUUCUUAUAUCAUCUUUAGGUGGCAAUUGUUACUGAAAUACCCAAGUGGAAAUUUGUAAAUGUUGUUCAGCUUUUGUAUUUUCCUUUCUAUCUUAUAGGUUCUCCUCCAGUAGUUUUUUUUUUAAUAUUUUUUUUUGGGGGGGGGGGGGGUUUGCG